UCGCAGAAAGGACAACGAUGGACGCGCGAGGCAAGAAGGCAAGCGGGAAGAAGGAAGCCAAGCAGGGCGGUGGCAAGGGCGGCGGCAAGGGUGGCUCGUCGAAAGGCGAGAAGCUCAACAAGCGCCGGGGCGCACCGCCGGACGAGACGCAAGGUGAGGAAGAGUCGGACCUCGCGUUCGCCCGCCGGUCGUUCCCGGUCACGCUGCGCAUGUGGGACUUCAACCAGUGCGACGCCAAGCGCUGCACGGGCCGGAAGCUAUGCCGUCUCGGGUACGUCAAGAGCAUGAAGCCUGGCGCGCACUUUCGCGGGAUCGUGCUCUCCCCGCACGGCGAAAAGGUCGUGUCGCGUGAAGACCUCUCGAUCGUCACCUCGAUUGGCAUCUCGGUCAUUGACUGCUCGUGGGCGCGCGUCCAAGAGAUGCCCAUCAAGCAGAUCAAGUCGGGCAGCCACCGCUUGCUGCCGAUGCUCGUUGCGGCCAACACGGUCAACUAUGGCAAGCCCUUCAAGCUCACGUGCGUCGAAGCGAUUGCCGCGACGCUCUACAUUGUGGGCAUGCAAGACGAAGCGAUCCAGCUCAUGGACGAGUUUCCGUGGGGCUUGGAGUUCCUCAAGCUCAACGCGGAAGCGCUCGACGCGUAUGCAGCCUGCGAGACGAGCGAGGAGGUCCAGGUCGCGCAGGAAACGUACUUGUCCAACUGCCAAGCCGAAGAAGCGGUGCGCAAGAACCGCAUGAUGAUGCCCGGGGACGACGACGACGACGAGGACGAGUAUGACAGCCAAGACGAGGAGGAGCGUCAGCGCGAACUGCUUUUUGGCAAGAAGACGCCUGCGCUGCCGCGUCUCAGCAGCGACGAGUCCGAGAGCGACGACGAAGACGCGGAAGAGCGCGAGCGGGCGCUGCUCUUUGGUCACAAGAGCCAGUACUCGACGUCGGUGACGGCCGACACGGACGACGACCAGUUUGUCCAGAUGACGUCGGCGCUCAACCUGGCGUCGGCCGCCACCUCGAUCGACAAGACGCGUGCGGCCCGCCAAGCCCACAAGGCGGCGAAGGCGCAGGCGGCGCUGGACGACAGUGACGACGAGUUCCCCACCGAUGCGAUGGCCAACGUCCCUGUCGUGGCGGCGACGGUUGGUCGCGAGCAGGACCUUCGUGCCACGUCCGGAAGUGCGUCGUUGCACUUGCCGCGCGAUGCCGUCGCCCAGUGGCAGCGCGACAUCCAGCCCGCCGAGCGUGCUUAAAUAACUUUCAAUCGAGUUCUCCAUGCAUG